GAAUUUCGAGGACGUCGAGGUUGAAGAGCUCAUGAGGCUGCUGACGGCAACGAGGUUUUGAGACAUUUAUACCAGGCGUUGUGGGAUAGAAUGGGCGGAUGGAUGGCUGGGGGUAUAAUCAUUUCCGAGCUUAUACGGACCCCUUGAACUCAGGAUCAAUGGAACCUCCAUCGAUUCCCCCACCACCUCCACCUCCCCCGCCGCUGAACAUUCCUCCUUCUAGGGCGAGACUUCAACUGGCGGCUCGAUUGGCGAUGCAUCAGAAGAACAACCAGGCACAAUCAUCUGGAAAUUUAAGUAACGAUGAUGAUGACGAUGACGAGAACCCUACAGAUCCGUUUGCCGAUACAGAAGAGGACUUUGACGAUGAUGAUCAGACGCAAGGUGAUGAAAGGGGCGCAUGGUGGAGAGACGUGGUGAGGGAUCGUGGAGGAAAGCCAGAUGGGAAUGAAUCAGACGACGAGCGUGAUGACGACGAUGACGAUGAGUUUGGAGACUUCGCCAUGCCGGAAGACGACGCUCAAAACGUUAUAAGACCUCAACCUGUGAAUCCUGCAAAGGAAGGCUCGGCUUCGACGAGGGGAUUGAGUGGACUAUGGCCGUUUGGACUGUCAAAGGCGGAGAAGGAAAAGGAGGGGAGUAGACAGGCUGCUGAGGAGGGGAAGGAUGAUGAAGUCAAGGCUGUGGAAGUUAAGGAGGCCAAGAGAAGAACGAGUAUUGAGGAUCCUGACGAUGACGAGGUUGUGGUUUAGAUACCUGAGAUGGAGGGAUUAAUGGUGUACGAUAUGAAUAUAGGAAUUGCUAUGGGUUUAUGUGUAUGUAGACUUGCAUCAAGACAGUUGUUUCAAUUA